UCCCGCGUGAUUCGCCUCACGCUCUCCCAUCUCCUCUUGCUUCUUCUCUGCAUAGCUUCCUUAGCACUGGCUAUCGAGAGUUCCGUGAUAGAAAACGUCAGCUACAAAAACCUCAACCCGCGGCCAUACGACAACUGCGAAGCCAACGACCUCAUCAAGUUGCUGGCCUGCUGCAACGAUGUAUUGGCGAGCUUGGAUGACUGCAAAGCGGGCGACUUGGCUUGCGAGUGCUGUGCACUCCAGAGCAUGGACCUGACGUGCUACAACUUGUGCCCCGGAAACCCGUCCACGAAUUUCUUGGCGGUGUUGUUUGACGACUGCUCGUCGCUCAAUGACGUCAACGCAUGCAACAUUCCUUUCAAGCGGGUGGACGGCGACCGGCCGGCCAGCUUCCGCAACCGAAAGGCCACGGUAGACACGGUC